AUGGAUUUGCUUGCUGGUGAGACCAAUGCUUUCCUAAAGGGAUGCAUCGAGGAGCUUGUGAAGGCACUUGCAAAGCAGAAUGCUUUGUGCCAGCGGAUCAAAGACACCCAUCGAUUUCUUCUGUUGAAGUGCCAUACCGAACCAGCCAUCAAUGCAGAGCACAUUGGAAUGAACAGAGAGAUCCUUCGGCCGCUUGCCAAGGCCUUUGGCAAGUGCAAGGAGCUGGCCACAAAGCCGAUUCUGAAGUUAGUGCUUCAUGAACUGAAAGAUGCGAAGUCGGUGAUUAUCCCGAACAAAGUCGUCGGUUCCACGGCUUCGGUGCUGAAGAAGUUGCUACUUCAUACUCGCCGCCUGGCAGAGCGGUCGGAGAACCAACGUGAUCCGAAGGUGCAGAAGCAGAACCAACUGGACUUCAACAAGCCUGAGCUAGACAGGGAUGUCAAGAAAGUUCAGGUUUCCUUGGAGGAUGAUCUGCCAAGGUUCCCUUUGCCUGAGCCUUUGGAAGAGGACUGCAAGGGCCCAGAGAAGGGCUCUCGAUCGAGCCCAGCAUCUGAUCUGCAAGCGAAGGCCUACCUGCUUGCAAAGCUGAAGCAGAAGCUGAAGGAUCGUGUGCGAACUUCAAUGUCUUCGACAUUCGAAGUUUCUGACGAGGAAGCCCCUGCAGCAUGCCCCUUGGUUCCCGUCCAGCCUGCAGUGGAAGUUGCCUGGAAGGCCUCAGGGACUCAUGAGCAUCAGGAGGAGGAGGGCAUCGUGCUUACCCGCUCGAUGCAGCUUGCUCUAGCUGAAUCGAGGAAGAGGUUCUACAUCAUGCCCUACUGGAGCCGGGGUCAGCUUGGUAUCAGGGAGGGGACUUACACCGGCACCCAGAAGUUCUCUAUGACUGGUGCGAGAUCCAUGGCUUACAACAUUUUGUUGGCGAAUACGAUCGUCAAAUUCUUGGAAGGCUCACCCCACCUCUCGCUGUUCUCCAAAGAGAUCAAUGCCAUAGAGGAUGAGCUGGAGACUGUACAACAGCAGACCGCACCUUCUCUGCCAGAUCUCCGGUUGGAUUCAAACAUACUGAGUUUGCCGAGAACCGUGGAUGUAUUCCAUAAGCUGCUGUCUACAGACCGCAUGAGUCUUAAGCUGCCGAGACCGGGAGCCCUCGCCGGACAGGUCAUUAAGCACGGCAUCAGGGUGCUAGAAGACACACUGGCUUCCUACGGCCCCAUGGUCUACAAGAUAGGGUACAGCUACGAUCCGCACAACCGUUUCUUCAACCGCAGCUUCGGGUAUGUGCACGAACGGCAGAAGUGGGAGAAAAUGAUCGUGGUGUAUGUCAGCCACGAGACCCUGGGUCCUGCCUUCCUCGAGGCUGCUUUGAUCCAGAGGUUCAAAGGACAGCAAGGCUGUCGAAAUGAAAGAGAUGGAGGAGACACCGUGUGUGCCCACUUGGAUGGCCCCUUCUUCACUUAUUUUGUGUACCAAUCCUUCAAACGAGAGCCGUACCGAGCAGGAUUGUCUGGCAUGGACUAG